AUGGCUAAUUCCACCAUGAGUGGGUUUCUUCUGAUGGGAUUUUCUGCCAAGCCUGAGCUAGAACUCGUCCAUGCUUCUCUGUUCUUAGUCUUGUACCUGGUGGCAGUGACUGGCAACAUCCUCAUUAUCACCGCAAUUUCCAGGGACAGCAGUCUGCACUCACCCAUGUAUUUCUUCCUGAAGCAUCUCUCCGUUUUGGACUUGUACUACAUUUCUGUGACUGUGCCAAGGUCCAUUUACAACUCUUUCAUGCACAGUGGCUACAUUUCCCUUGGGGAAUGCAUGGUGCAGAGUUUUGCUUUUGUUCUUUGUGGAUCAGCUGAGCUGUCCAUGCUGACAGUGAUGUCCUAUGACCGCUACAUGGCCAUCUGCUUUCCACUGCGUUAUGAAAUCAUCAUGGAUGUCUGCACGUGUAUCCACAGAGUCCUGGGUGUCUGGAUCAGUGGGGUCAUUUCUGGAAACAUGCACAGAGCUGCCACAUUCUCUAUUCACUUCUGUGGUUCCAAGAUUCACCAGUUCUUCUGUGAUGUCCCCCAGCUCCUGAAACUCUCUUGUUCUAAUGAGUACAGCAGUGACACUGGGGUCAGUGGAUUCAUUGUACUUGUGGCCUUUCUUUGUGUCACCUUUAUUGGACUGUCCUACACCCAGAUAUUCUCUACUGUGCUGUGGAUGCGCAGAGCUCAGGCCUUUUCAACUUGCCUUCCCCACCUUGCUGUUAUCAUUUUAUUCAUUUCAUCUAGUUUAUUUGAGUUUUUCAAGCCCCCUUUUGACUCUCCAAGUACACUGCAUGUUUCCCUCACUGUUAUGUACACAGCUGUGCCCCCAACACUCAACCCAAUGAUCUACAGCCUGAGAAAUCAAGCCAUGCAGGUAGUUCUAAGAAAGGUUUUCCAAGUAAGAAAAGCUGACCUUUUAAGUUGA